AUGUCAUUACUUAAUGACCCCGAGUACAUCAUCCACAAUCUUCGCAUUGGCUACCUGCGACGGUUGGACGACCCAUACGCCGCACGUAUAAUAACAUUCUCCUCGACUGUACUCUCGUCAAACGACUACAUAAAGACGGCGGCUUCGUCGUAUCCAGAGAUACAUGAAUGUUAUUCGCCGAAUAUGAAGAUGUUGGGUAGCACGGGUGCUGCAAGUGAUUAUUUUGAUUUGAGAAAUAUCGGAAGUGGCAAUAGCAAUGCGGUUUCUCCGUUGUCGACUGGUGGUGGGGGCACGCGUUCAAAAAGUUUGGCGUUCAAUAACAAUGGGAAUGCAAAGUCGAGAAAGUCAGAGACAACGACAAGCACUUCUGGUGGGGGAGGAACUAGCAGUAAUAACAGUAAGAAUAACAAUGGGGUAUUUACGGAUAAUGCUGAAAGUGACGAUGCAACGGAUUUCGAAUUGGAAGAUACAAAUAAACCGCCUAUACAUUCUUUUGCAAAGGUGAAUUUGAAGCGUCAAACGAUGAGAACAACACCACCACCCGUAUACAUAACUUCUCCAUCAAAACCCCCCAAAUCACGGCCCAAUUCGCAUUUCAUGGACGCGUUCUCUGUAUCACCGCCGUCAGCCACAUUGAAAACAUCACCCGAAAGUCUAGUUAACUUAUCAUCAACAGAGCAGACACCCAUACUCUCACCAAACUCGUCUCCUGAAAGCGAAAAAGAUCUGGAUGAGAGGCGCGGUUCGGAAGCAUCGAUGCUGACCGCAGACGAGGGUACAGAGUUACCGCCUGAUAGUCCACCUAAACCUCGAAUAAAGAAUUCAACGACAUUACAACGAGAGUUUAAACCGGAUCCACCGAUAAUGAUUAAAAAGCCGAAGCCAUUCUCGGCAUUAUCGGCACUGAUUCAAGAUCAGAAAAGCAGACUACGUAAUCCGUUUAGCGAGGAUUAUAGUUUCUUUGCUGGAAAGGGUGAUUUGAAACCGAUAAAGCUGAAAAUCUAUUUACCAUUCUCAGCGGAAAAAGAUUGUCCACUUGAGCUUAUUGUGAAACGUGAUGCUACAGUCGAGCAGGUCAUCGGGUAUACGUUGUAUCAGUAUUGGGAUGAAAAGCGAGAACCUAUUCUUGAGGAGAGAUUGUGCAAUGUCGCACAAUGGAAUAUGAGAAUUGUCGAAGAUGAUGGAGAGAUUGAUUAUGAUUUUCCACCAAUGGAAAGAGCACAAAAAAUCACUAAAUUUCAUUUCGACUCAUAUGGGUUAAUCGAAGCUAAUCCGGAACAAGUCAUACAAAAUCAACAAUUGCAAAAAACACAAGACGCUUUAUCAUCUGCGGCAAAAAUACCUCCAAAAACCAAUGGCAAUAUUCCUCCACCCAUAUCAACGAAACCUGAAACUUCAACCAAAACAAAUGGCAUCACAUCGCCUGUGGAUCUCAGUAAUCAAGUAUUUCUUCGUGUUCGCCUCACUUCGUCUGGCGAUGUUGCCCAUACAACAAUGAUAAAUGUGAUGGCUGAGCAACGAUUAUACGAUGUACUUGAGAAUGUGUGCCGUAAGCGUAAACUGGAUAGCAAAGAACACACUUUCAAAAGUAUAGACAAGAAUAAUUUCCUUGAUUUGGAGAAAACGGUAGAGAGUUUAGGUGUGAAUCCUGAACUUGCACUUGUUAAAAAGUCUAAUGAGAGAACUCGGUCCGAUUCAACACCUUCGCAAAAUGGUUCAAGAUCUUCAACAAGGCCUUCACGGCGAACACUAGAAGAGCCGAUUUAUGUGUCCUCUACCGAGUACAUGUCAGUUUAUCAAAAAUACACAGUAAACCGCAAAAUGCCAAUGUUUGUUGGACGACAUGAGAGGUCGUUAGCAAUCGAUGGUGAUUACAUUCACAUAAUGCCUUCCGAAUCACGGACAAUGUUUGAUUCAAUGAAAACAUCUUCGUAUCAUAUCUCAACUGUUUUAUCGUGUAAACAAGAUAAAAAAUUAUCAACGAAUUUUAAACUGGUGAUUUAUCGAGAAUCAGGGAAUAAAACUUAUGAUUUCGAGGCUGUGGAUGCAAGACAAGCAG